AUGACCACUUCGGCACUUUCCCAAGUACCUCCAGAAAUCUGGGAGAUUAUCCACAAAUACUGUAUCUCUGUUCCUCUCUUCUUUGAAACUGAUCCAGCAGUCCAUGGCGUGGAUAGCCUUGUCCAGUAUUACUCAGAAGUCGCCUACUGGCACUCUGAGCGCACAAGAAAUGCGAUGAGGAGAGUCUGCAAGUCUUGGAACAUUGCUUUGGAUACAUUUCGACACCGCUACAUUCGUUUAUCUGAUGUAGCUCAUGGACGCGUACCACUAGAGGCAUUGCCCUUGGCUAUUCGAAUCUUCCUCGAGCCUUACAGCUUUUGCCAAUGCAAAGAGGUAUGCUACCCUGAACGAAGGGUAUUCGGUGAAGCACGCUGGAUGUCCAUCAAGACGCGCAUGGCCAGAAUGCUGGUCGGGGCUACGACUGCGUCACAUGCGCCUUGGAAGCUAGAAAUUUUGGAGGGGCAACUUCAGAUCCCGGACUUUGCAUUGGAGAGGCUUGCAAAUGUUUGUCCAAGAUUGCGCACGCUAACACAGCGGUCGUGCGCAGAGCUCGACAAAUAUCAGCAACUUGUACCACACACUCAAAUGCUGCUUAUGGAUGGGGACUGGGCUGAGGGGUGCGCAAUCACAGGAGGCCUCAAGCUUCCCAAUCUCACCACACUCCUUCUCCGUGGAGAGAUGCAGAACUUUUGCCCUGAAGAAUGGUCAAUACCAUCUCUUCUUCAUCUUCAUCUCGACAUCUUUGGACUCGUACUGGGUCCCGGUGCGACGGAUUUACUGUCUCGCAUUCUUGGUUGCUGGGGCCUCCAUCUUAGGACGCUUACCAUCUCCUGUGAGAGUGACCUCAGAAUGCCUAACAGCUUUUGGUCACUUGUUCCUCGAGUAAGAGAGGUUCAACUCCCUUUUAUAUGGACGCUCGACCCUCCUGUUGGACACCCUCUUCGCGUCGUACGCCUAUCAGAAUCACUUAUGGCCUUUGCGGAGGACUUCUCAGAGAUCGAGCCACGCCUACCGCUUCAAGGCGCUAUCGAGGAUGACCGCAAGUCCUCAAUUCGGCGCAUCGCGCUGCAUGAAUCAUGGCACAACGCUCUAUUGUUUCAUCCUCAGCUUGAUUGGGACAUAUAUACGAGACUGGAACGCUAUUGCAGCGAACGACGGUGGCGCUUUACGGACCGGUUCGGCUCCACUCUUUCCGACUAUAUCCUGAGGCUCAUCGCAAGUACACAAAAUCCGCCCGAGAGAUAUCUCCAAACAAACACGAAUCCACGUCGUUUAAUGUCCUUUUGA